UUGCCCAUUAAAGAAGUAUUUUAAUUUUUUGAGCUUUUUCUUUACUGUGUAAUGCAACAAGAAAACUACAAAAAGGAAGGUUCAGCAAUGGAUAGAGGAGAAAGAGACGAGCUUGAGUUGUCUUUACCUUAUCCUCUUCAAUAUGUAGGCAAUACCUUACCUAGGCUGACGUCAUUGUACAACAAUGACGUGGAAGAUGAAACAGAUGAUUCAGACUCAGAUAAUAGUUUUGUCUUCCAGAUUGAUGAAACCUUGUUGAUUGAUCCUCGCCAUGUUUUCCUUCACAAAAUGAUCGGUGAAGGCUCUUACUCUACUGUUCAUGAAGGAUUCUACAAAUCCAAACCUGUUGCUGUGAAGACUAUUCAGCCAAGUAAUCCAUCAGCUGUAAUUCAUGAACAUAAAGAGAAAUUUCAGAGGGAGGUUUUACUGCUGUCUAGGAUGGACCAUGAGAAUGUUGUAAAGUUUAUUGGUGCUUCCGUGGAGCCAACUUUGAUGAUAGUUACUGAACUUAUGAAAGGUAAUACACUUCAAAGGUAUUUGUGGAGUGUGCGCCCCAAGUGUCUCGAACUGAAGCAUUCGUUACGUCUGGCUUUGGAUAUUUCCCGAGCUAUGGAAUACAUGCAUGCCAAUGGCAUUAUUCAUCGUGAUCUGAAGCCGAGUAAUUUGCUUCUCUCCGAGGAUAAAAUGCAUGUCAAGCUGGCUGACUUUGGAUUAGCAAGGGAGGAAAUAAUGGGCGGAAUGACUUGUGAGGCCGGUACUUACCGGUGGAUGGCUCCCGAGUUAUACAGCAGAGAUCCGCUCCCCAUCGGGGCAAAGAAACACUAUGACCACAAGGUCGAUGUGUACAGCUACUCCAUUGUUCUUUGGGAGUUGUUGACGAACAAAGCCCCAUUCAAGGGAAGGGGUAACAUAAUCGUGGCGUAUGCAGCCUCAAAUAAUGAAAGGCCUAGUGUGGAAGGUCUUCCAACAGAGAUUGCAUCUCUCCUGCAGUCCUGUUGGGAAGAGGACCCGAAGAUCCGACCGGAAUUCAAGGAAAUCACCGCGUAUCUUACAAACUUGCUCCACAAGUGUUGCUCCGCAGAGAUGGAGACUACGCCUCCUAAGAUGGUGGAAAUCGAUCGUUCCAUAAACCAUGCAAAGGAAGAGUGUACCGAUCCCGACCAUGUUACCAACAACGGUAACAAGGGAAAGAAAUCGAAGACUUAUACAUCAUACUUCCUCUGCUUGGAUGAUUGCUUCGGAUUGAUGAGAUAGGAGGGUUGAUCAUGUUUUGACUGCAAAU